GUUAAUCUAGUUCACAUCACAAAAAUUUUAAAAGCAAAUAUCAAACUAAUAUAAUCGCAAAACUCUGGAAUAUUUUGAAUUAAAAAAAUUCGAAUGGAAUUAUAUGAAAAUAGUACAACUCCAGCAGGGAUUAAUAAUAGUACAACAUUGUCUCAACAGCAGAUUUAUUUCUACACAACGUCAUUGUACAUCAUCAUAUUUAAGUCGCUAUAUUUGCUUUUAUGUUUUUUUCUAGGCAUAAUAGGCAACUUGUUGGUAAUUAUCGCAAUAUUCAAAUAUAAAAAAUUGCAAACGGUUACAAAUUAUUUUAUUCUGAACCUUGCAAUAACAGACUUUAUGUUUUCUGCAUAUGGCAUACCAUUUAUUUUUAUUACGACAAUUGCAAAAAGAUGGUUGCUAGGAAAUGUUAUUUGUGAGCUUGUUGGUUUUUUAAACUUGUUACUUAUGCUUACCUCAAUUUGGACUCUGGUUAUGAUCAGUGUCAAUAGGUUCUUAAAUGUAGCUAAACCAAAUGACAUAAAGACACUCUACACAAAAAAUAGAACAUUUUUCAUUAUCAUAGCUGUUUGGAUAUUUUCAGGGCUAAUUUCGUUUCCACCUUUUAUUGGAUGGAGCGUAUUCAAGCCCGAUGGAUGCUUUUGUACAUUUGAUGUUCAAAAAUCAAAAUCCUACACCAUGUUUAUUGGUUUAUUUGCGUAUGUGUUACCUUUUCAUAUUUUAGUUAUCUUAUAUAUGCGCACAUAUUUUACAUUAAAUAAACAUAAAAAAAAAACUAGAAGUAACUAUAGCAACGAUAAUAGCAUUGUUUCAUCAUUCACAGAUAAAUUCUCAACUUUGGAAAAAGUUCCUGUAUCGUCAGUCUCUGAUCAGAUAAACAAAAGUUUUACUUCAAUCAUAAAAAAAGAGAACAAAUGCUUUAAAUAUAAAAACUCUUCAACAGCAGAAAGUGAAAAGACUUUGGUCAUAAAGAAUUUCAAACAAGUUCAAGUUACAAAGACUUUGGUAACACUUGUAUCCGGCUUUUUUAUAUGUUGGACUCCCAUAGCUUUGGGAUCAACUUUGUAUACUUUUGAUGUGAAUUUUAAAGGAUUCCCAAUAAUGUCGCUUGGCAUAUUUUGUGCGUGUUUAAGUUGCGUAAUAAAUCCUAUUAUUUAUUCGAUUAUGAAUAGUAAUUUUAGAAAAUACUUAUUUGAAAUAUGGAAAAAACUUUAUGAUUGCAUCAGAUGUAAAAAAGAUUAGAACAAUCUUUGUUAAAAUCUUUUUAAUAAUCUAGUUCGUAAUGUGAAAACAUAAUUUAUCUUUGAGCUAUCUUUUUUCAAAGAACAAAUAAAUUAAUUUUUUUUACCGUUUAAUGCAGAAACCAUUUUAGCUAGAACCGGUUUGAGAUAAAAAGAAAAUAUAUAUAUUUAUUUGUUUAAUCGUUUGUAAAAUAACAUUUUUCAGUGGUUGAAAAAACAGUAUCUACUAAUAAUACGUAAAACAACAUACAAUAUACGUUUAUAUCAGAAGAUGAUUAUCAGAGGACGACUAGGACAAAUAGCCGACUAAGAAAUUUAGUAUGAUUUCCACCCCCACCUUCUCCGUCCUUAAAAGGAAAAUCAUUAACUUUCAAACUAACUAUCAAACAUUAUCUAUCAAAUACUUUUUCGUUUUCAAUGUUUUCAUUAUUUUAUUUAAUUUUUCAGUAUUGUUUUUUUAUAUAUAUUUAUUUAUUUAGCCGUUAACAUAAUACUUUUAAUUAUUUUAGUUCACGAAACUUAUGUAUGAGUUUCGAGAAUUUCAAAUAUAGAUGGAAAAAGCAAAAAAGAAGACGCUUUUGUCUAGUCACCGUGCAUAAAUUUAAUUUAAAAAAAAUGAAAAUGAAAAUAAAA